AGAAAUAGGUAGUUGGAAACCUAUGAAAUGUAAAUAAAUAAAAUCUUUUCGAAUCGAAUUGCAAAUAAAAAUUGGCUCUAAUGUUUGUUCUAAUUAAAUAAUAAAAUGGAGAAAUAUGAAAAAAUCCGCUUGGUUGGAAGAGGAGCACAUGGAACUGUGUACCUCUGCAACCAAAAACCUGAUAACAAACAUGUAAUUUUAAAAGAAAUUCCUGUAGAUCAAAUGACUGUGGAUGAGAGACAAACAUCAAUGAAUGAAGCUAAAGUAUUGGCUAUGCUGGACCAUCCCAAUGUGGUUGCUUAUUAUGAUAGUUUUUUAGAAGAUAAAACAAUGAUAAUUGUUAUGGAAUAUGUUCAAGGAGGUACACUUUUUGAUUUUCUUUGUAGUAGAGAAGGUAAACUCAUGCCUGAAGAAGAAAUUCUUAAAUAUUUCGGUCAAAUGGUGUACACUCUGCAACAUGUGCAUGGAAAGCUUAUUCUUCACAGGGAUUUGAAAUCUCAGAAUAUACUUUUAAAUGAAAAGCAAAAUGUUAUAAAAAUUGGUGACUUCGGAAUAUCUAAAGUGCUAACCAGCAAAAGUAAAGCCUACACUGUGGUGGGAACUCCUUGUUAUAUUUCUCCUGAAUUGUGUGAAGGAAAACCAUAUAACCAAAAGAGUGAUAUUUGGGCACUUGGCUGUGUUCUAUAUGAACUGAUGACAUUGAAAAGACCUUUUGAUGCAGCUACACUACCAGCUCUAAUUAUGAAAAUUAUGAAAGGUUCUUUUGACCCUGUGCCAAAUAUUUACAGCUUGGAAUUGAGGAAACUAUUGUCGAGCAUGCUAAAUUUAGAUUCAAAUCAAAGACCCACUGCUGCACAAAUUAUGUGCAACCCUGUUAUGAUAAAAGUUAUUUUUAAACUUUAUCUUGAAAUUGGGUCGAUUCCUUUAUCCAACAAAUCACCUAGAAAAACAAAGAAUCUGAAAGUUGAAGAAAAAGAGUAUCUUUCAUCAAGUUCUUAUUCCUCCAUGGGAGAAAAAAGAAGGUCUUUUUCUUGCAUUGGCAGUCCUGUGUCUCCAUAUUUAUGGUAUUUUGAAAAGGAUAAAGAUACCUACAGCUUGCUCCCUACAUUGCCCAAGAAUGUUGUUAUAUGCGCAGCUUUGAGUGAAAGUAAAAAAAUUGGAAUUACUGAUAAUGGUUUUUUGAUGACUUGGAAAAAUCGACCUGAACUUCUAGUUAGUAAUAUUUCUGAAACAGAUUUUCAAGAAAAAGUAGUAGCAUCAUCCAUUAUACCAUGUAUUAUUGAUGAACGUGUUGCAAUCAAUAUCAUUUCAGUGGUUUGUGGUCAAAAUUUUACAAUUUGUUUAUCGAACAAUGGUGUAGUUUUCAGUUUUGGUAAAGCCUCAUCAGGUUGCUUAGGUUACACGACUGAAAGAGAUAUUGAACAACCUAAAAUCAUUGAUAAAUUGUUUAACUUCAACAUUCGAGAUAUAUCCUGUGGCCCAAAGCAUGUGCUUGCUCUAUCAGAUGAAAAUGAACUUUUUUCUUGGGGCCAUGGAGAUCACGGAUGCUUAAGUUCGGAUACUACUGAUUUGAAACUUUUACCAGAGUUAGUAACCAUUUCCAGUGAAAUUAAACCUGAAAAAAUAUUUUGUGGGAUGGAUUGCUCUUUUAUAAUUUUAGCAGAUAUGUCAGUCAUGGCCUGUGGAAGUAACAGACAUAACAAAUUAGCAAUGGAUACAGGAGAAGGGUUUCCUGUUGAAAAUGUGCAUCUGUUUACUUUAAUUGCUUCAGAGCCUCUGUCAUGCCAAAAAAUCACAUCCAUUAGUUCAGGAAAAUCUCAUUCCGCAUUUCUAACUGAAACCAAUGAAUUAUAUUCUGUAGGAUCCAAUCGUCAUUUUCAACUUGGUUGGGGAAAUUCAGCAUUAGAUUAUAGCAUGCCACAAAGAAUUGAGAAACUUAGUGGCAUAAAAUUGUUAUCAGUGAACUGUGCCAACUCUUAUACAUUGGCUGUUUGCAAUGAUAAUUAUCUUUAUUGUUGGGGAAAGUGCCCAGAUUCAUUGAGGAAGAAAUAUGAUUCAUACAACAUGGAAGAACUAAAUGUUUUAAAGUCAAUAUAUGUCCAUUCUCUCUCCUGUUAUUCUGAUGAGUGUAUAAUCAUCGGAGAAAAUCGUUAACUUCAAAUCAAUGCACUAAAUAAUUGUCAUAUCAACACUUAUUUCUUUGUCACCCAAUACUGAGCAAAAUUAACUGUCGACACUAAACACAGGUCGACUAAAUAUAACAAAUGGCAAUUAGAAAAUGGUGUGCUAAAAAUUGUCUGCCAGUUGCCACCUGGUCAGUCCUUUUUCGUUGAAAAUGCAUGACAUGUGCAUUUUAUUUAUAUUUUUUUAUAAAUAUUCUAUAGUAUUCUAAAAAAAAUUUCACUUGUUUCUUUAAUUUUUUUCAUUGUUUCAGAUAUGAACCUCGAAACUCGUUAUGUUUACGACGUCUUAAAAAAUUCUUGAAAAAAAAUACCUUGUAUUAAUAGAAGAAAUUUUUUUUAAUCAUUUAAAAUUUUCAAUUUUUGAGAAAGUGAACCGUGUUAAAAGGGUUGCAACUGUCCAAAUAAAAUUUGUUAAUUGUGCUCUAUAUCACCUAAUGGUGCAAGUUAAAGAUAUUCAGUGAAUAAAUUAAAAUUUGUCAUUAAGUUUAAUAGAAUUCAGAAGCAUUCUCAGCAGUAAAUCAUUAAUUUUUCCUGUUCAACAGAAGGGGUAGAAUUAAAGAAAUUUUUUUCAUUUUCAAGAUUUUACAGUGCCUGCUGGUAAUAAACUCACUGGUUAGUGAAAUCAGUUAUUUAUUUUCAUCAAAUUUCAAGGAACAUAAUUUUUAUAUGAUCGAUAACAUUAAAAUUAUUUUGGUAAUAAGGCUUGGGAAUUGCUGGAUAUCUGUACCAAAACAACUUAAUCAUUCAUAAAAAGUUACAAAAAGUGAAAGUGGGAUCAUUGAGCUGGAGACGAACAGCAAUAUUUUGCAUCUAUACCACAAUGUCAUCCUUUCGUAUAACAAGAUCACCCUUAUUUUCAUUUUCACUUAAGUACUACUAAGAAUUUUCAGCACUCUGGGGAGAAUGUGGGUUAAAUGUGAGUGAAAAAUAAUUUAGGUUAACUGGUUAACUCUCUGGCUAAAGGGGUCAGGAGCAGGAGUUUUCUAUUACUUAGAAUGAAUGAAAGGAAUGGGCUUAAUUUGCUUUAGAAUUUUAUUUUUAACUUUCUUAAUAUUAAAUUCGGAUUAAAAUAGUUUCACUUAAUUCAGAUUUCUAACUGAAGAUUAAUUUUCAUUAAUUUGCUUUAUUGAAUCUUAUUGUAUAUUCAUACUCGUAAUGCUGUGCUAAACUAAGGAAGUACAAUCUCAUUUUUUAUGCAUGUGUGAGGAUUUCAUAUUAGCCUUUCUUAAUUUAUAUUUUUGGAAUCUGUUGUCAAAAAUUAAAUCCAAAACUAAGAAUCACAGAUUAAUUUUCAACCAAGAAAGAAAAAGAGGGCUAUCAAAAUCUGUUGAGAAACUAGUGAAUAAAGCAGGAGAAUGAAAUGCAUAAAAACCAGUUAACUUGGAAAGAGUUUUUCUAAUAAUCGCAUCUUUUAGCUCUCCUCUGUUUCCUCCGGUAAUCAAACAGGUUUUGACUCUUUCCAUCGUGCCUUCUUCAAUAGAAAUUUUCUUAGAUUUUGAUUGUGUUUUUCCCCAUCUGUUAAAUAUUAUGUUUGUUCCCCCUGAUGUGUAUACUUUGUUAUCUUUAUUUUUGACAUGAAGUUUUAAAAGUAUGUAUUAAAAAGCAUCAUUACAGAACAGUAUAUUCUGUUAGAGAACUCUGUCGCUUGUUUGAAAGAAAACCUUCAGGUUUAGAAUAAAUCAUAUUAAGCAAUUUUCAUAUUGUAUUCAGAAAUAUUUUUAAGCCAAAAAUACAUAUUUUCUCGCCUUCGCAUUUUGAAUUGUAAAACCCUGAUAAUUGAUAGCUGUGUACUUGAAAAAUGUGUAAGGAAACUUUUAACUACCAAUUAAAAACAUGCAAUUACUUAUUUUAUAUUGUACAGGAACUACCUAUGUGUUUAUAUUUUUUCCUCUCAAAAACUUGCAUAUUUUUACUGAAUAUAUUCUUUGUUAUUGUUGUAAUACUUUUUUAAAUCAAUCAUACCAUCUUUUGUUGUGACAUGUAAAUAAUGAAAAUGUUUAAUGUAAAUAACUGAAAUGUUUUUAAUAAAUAUUUUUCUGUACUUA